AUGUCACUGUCGUUGGAGACAAGCGCCGGAUAUAUAGACUCAGAAUACAGCGACUUUGAACAUGUGGAUCCCUUGUCUACAAUCGGGAGAUCUUCACCUAAAUUUGGCAGAGAUGACAUGAAGUACCUCGCCGAUCGCAAUGUCACACCGGGAUUACUACGCGACACAGAGACCAUUUCCGAGAAGCAACCGCAAAACUCCGAACGUGACGGUUUUACAUUAAGCCAUUGCUAUGUAGAGCAUCAAAGAUCCAAUCCUUUCAAUUCCGAACUGCGCCUCUCAAGGAGAGAUGGUAGCAUUUCGUCUAACAGAGAGACGAACGUGGAGUUUUGUUCGGACGAAUCGUGUAGAGCUGACACAGUCAACAAUGAGUUCAAGUGGUGGUGUGAUGAACAGGAAGCAUCAGACUUUUCGCUGGCAAACACGGGCGAAGAUGUAACACCCAUAAAAUUCGAACCAGUUACCCCAAUUGAGGAACGUAAAAUACUAAAUGCGCUUCAGGCAGUACAACUGGGCAAUCCACAACAGAUGAGUGACAGGACUCGGUGUGGUUCCACUUCGUCAGACGAUUGCGAAUCUAAUGAAAGUCUCUGUUCUGCCAUCAGUUCGCCGAGGGGAAUACCUGAGGCUCAAGAGGAGGAAUGGUCCAGUUUUAUGAAACCUGCGGACUCCGAUCUGGAGAUAGAUUUGCUUAAAGAGCAAAUUUUACAUAGGUUGGGUCUCAAACUUACGAAUGUCAGAAGUCAGGGGCCCUUGGAAAAGCAAGCGAACAGAAAAUGUGACGCCGGGUCACAAACGAGUGAGGACGGAUAUGCGUUUGCUUAUAAAGAUUACGAAAUUGUUUGGUUAAGGAAUGUUAAUGGGAUGCUUACGAAACAGUUUAUCGAGCUCAUUAGCGGAGGUAAGCUUAUGGCGUACAAGACAGAUCAGAGAUUCAUUGAAUGCCUACAGUCCCAUUUAAGUAAAUCGCAGACUGAAAUUGACCGUCUGCUGCGCAUCAAGCCCGACCAAACCAAUUGUAAAGAGGAGUGCCACAAUGAUAACGGUCUAAUUGAUGAAUUGGCUGCGAUAAGAGCACAAAACCUCGAUCUGAAAAAAGAGGUCGAAGCCUUGAAAGCCCAGCUACAGCAGGCAAAUGAAACGGACGCGUUCACGGAACGUAUUAAGGCGCUAGAGCAGAAGUUGGGGGAGGAAAAGUUGUCUAAAAUGGCGCUCAUGGAGGACUUUAACAAAACCUUGGGGUACAUGAGGCUCAUGAAAGACAGGCUUAAAAUACUCUCUGAAGAGAAGUGUGCCCGCUUAGUGGCGCCUAGCUACGCGGUGAAAGACUCUUCCAGGCGAGGCAGCGUCGGAGACUACACAAACAAAUCCACCGUUAAGCCUAACACACUGAAAGGUUGUGUGAAGCGUUCAAACACAACUAACUGUGCCCCCAGUAAACAGGAUAGAGUCAAAUUUGCCGAAACAUCGGAUGUCUAUUAUCUACCUAAAAGGUCAAAUUCCGAAUUAGGGCCAUUUCUGGUCGAUAGUAAGAGACAAAUGCCCAUCCUCCCUUGUAAGAUAAGACCAGUGGAUCCAAAGGCCACACCCGAGAACAGUAGUGGAUUAAUGGGCUUCAUAAAGAGCAUAAAGCAAACUUUUACCAAUAAGUCGGAUCAUACUUCACCGAGGGCGAACGUGCUGAAAAUACCUAAUAGUCAGGAAUCACAGACGCAACAGAAACUGGCAAUGUACAAAAGGCACCUGCUUUCCAGAGGUCUUUCAUAA